AGAUAAACAUUGGCCGGUGGCCUCGUCACAAAAUAUCCAAAAGGGAACCGAAAACGAAAACUCAUAAAGCCAAAGCCUUUCUUCUUCCUUCUUCCGAUAUUACUGAGGAAGCAAUCCACAAGAUUCGAUUCUAACUUUUUUCCUCUAAAAAAGUUUCGGUUUUGUUUUUCUUCUUGAACGGAAAAAAACAAACAAAAAUCCCCCUUUGAGUUUAGGGUUCUUCUGGGUUUGUAUUUUGUCUCUGUCAGAUGAUGUGCGAGGAGAUUCUUCCUCUGGUCGUGUCUUUGUUAGAUGGAAGACAAUGAUAAGUCUCCCCCUAAGGAUUACUAUAAGAUUCUAGAAGUUGAUUACGACGCAACUGAGGACUUGAUCAGACUGAAUUACCGGAAGCUUGCAUUGAAGUGGCAUCCUGAUAAGCACAAAGGCGAUAGUGCAGCUACAGAAAAAUUUCAAGAGAUUAAUGAAGCUUAUAAUGUUCUGAUGGACCCGGCUAAACGUUUUGAGUAUGAUUUCACCGGUAUUUAUGAGAUCCACAAAUAUACUUUACGGGAAUAUCUCGCCAGGUUUAAGGGAAUGAUACUCACUUGCAAUGGGCUUGGUAUCAGCCAAUCCUCAUCACCAUGGACACAUCAACUGGCUGAGACCACCACACAACAGACGAGCAAGGAUACUGUAUAAACUGAAGCAGAAGUUAGAAGAGAGCUGUAAAACUGUACAAAACUGGAGCUAGCGCUAUUUAUCGCGCACUGAUGAUAUAUUGAAAUGCUUUAGUUAGAUCUGUUGUAUUGUUUCUUUAUAAAUGUAGAUUUAGAGAAGCUUGUAUUGUCUCUGGCUUCUAUUCAUACAUUUACACAUUGGUGAUGGUUCAGAUCUUUUACCACUGUACUACUCUCAUCAUUCAUGGUUUUAUCAGACUGGAGGAAAAAGUGAAUAAUACAAUCUAUGAAACGAAGAUUCAGUCUUGAAGAUGUA